CAUCUAUAUUACUUUACUCUAUGCGUAUAACCAACUUUCCAAAUUCCGAAACCUAUUUUCUUCCUGUAAUAUGUUUCCCUAACUUUAUUGACAUUGGCGUAGCACAACAACACAGUCGCUCGUAACCAUAUAUAAAAAAAAAAAUUGAGAUACAGACAAAUGAUAAAGUUUAUUUUUGUUCGUGUAGAAAAAUAAUCUGUACACAAUAUUAUGUACACUCUGAUGUACACAAAUAAACGAAUUUUAAAAACACUACGUUUCUCAUUAUUCGAUCGAAAACGUAUGUUAAAUAUUUAUGAAUGAACUGUCCUCACAGAGAAAUAUGAAUUGCAAUACUAUGUUAGUCGAGUCUCGCACAGAACAAGAUUGUGCAGUCUGUUUACAAAAAUGCCAACAUCCAACACAAUUGCCUUGUGGACAUGUGUUUUGUUUUCUUUGUGUUAAGGGUGUUGCAUUUCAAAGUCGAAAAUGUGCAAUGUGCGUUGCAGAAAUACCUGUUGAUUAUCUAGACAAUCCAGUGUUGUUAGAGGAUGUCUCAUCAGCCCAGUCAAAUGAUGAUGAUUCAAAUCAAAAAUAUCAGUGGUAUUAUGAAGGAAGGAAUGGUUGGUGGAAAUACGACGAGCGCAGUAACAAUGAACUAGAAUUGGCUUUUAGCGCGGGAGAAAGUAGCUGCACAUUACUUCUAGCUGGAGCUCUGUACAUAGUAGAUUUCCAAGCUCUAACACAAGUGAGAAGAAGUGAUCAGACUAGAAAACGUAGAGUCAAGCGGGACACAACAAAAUUUCCUGCAAAAGGGAUAGCAGGCAUUAAGACUGAAAAACGACAAGUACUAGACCCCUAAAAAUGAUGAUGAAAAUUCCAAUACAAAUAAUGCUUGUGACACAGCAAAUAUUAGAACUAAUGAAGAAAAUUUAUCAAGUACACUUCAAGUUGAAGUAAUUUCUGAGAAUGAAAGAGUUAAUUAUGUAGUGGAUAUGUUAGGAGUUAUACACCUGGAUGAUGAUGAUGACUCCACUAGUGAUGAAACAGAAAAUAUUUAACUGCACCAUACAAUGUGAAUCUAUUAAUAUAAUAUUAUGUUUAUUUAUAUGACAUAAAUAACAAUUAUAUCUGUUGUUUUAUUGCCAUCUCAAACUAAGACGCUAAAAAUAUAUAAUGGGCUGCAUGUUGCUGUUA